AUGUCGGACGACGAGAAUUUCAUGCAGGAGUCCGACGAGGAGCAGUACGAUUUUGAGUACGAAGAAGACGACGACGAAGAUUCCGGAGACGUAGACAUCGAGAACAAAUACUACAACGCCAAGCAGCUAAAGCUGACCGACCCCAACGAUGCCAUUGCCGAGUUCCUGGGCAUUCCUCCGCUCGAGCAGGACAAGGGCGAAUGGGGGUUCAAGGGCCUGAAGCAGGCAAUCAAGCUCGAGUUCAAGCUUGGUCAGUACGAAAAGGCUGCCGAUCACUUUGCCGAGCUCCUCACCUACGUCAAGUCGGCCGUCACGCGCAACUACUCGGAAAAGUCCCUCAACAAUAUGCUCGACUACAUCGAAAAGGGUGCCGACCGGCCCGAGGCUGUCAAGAGCAUGGAGAAGUUCUACUCUCUCACCCUGCAGAGCUUCCAGAGCACAAACAACGAGCGGUUGUGGCUCAAGACAAACAUCAAGCUCGUCAAGCUGCUACUCGACCGCAAAGAGUACGGCGCUGUCGCCAAGAAGCUUCGCGAGCUGCACAAGGCCUGCCAGCGACCAGAUGGCUCCGACGACCCCAGCAAGGGCACGUACUCGCUAGAAAUCUACGCCCUCGAGAUCCAGAUGCUCGCCGAGACAAAGAACAACAAGCAGCUCAAGGCCCUGUACCAGCGGGCGCUCAAGGUCAAGUCGGCGGUCCCGCAUCCCCGCAUCAUGGGCAUCAUCCGCGAGUGUGGUGGCAAGAUGCACAUGAGCGAGGAGAACUGGAACGAGGCUCAGAGCGACUUCUUCGAGUCAUUUCGCAACUACGAUGAGGCCGGCUCGCUGCAGCGCAUCCAGGUCCUCAAGUAUCUGCUUCUCAGCACCAUGCUCAUGAAAUCCAACAUCAAUCCCUUUGACUCGCAGGAGACGAAGCCGUAUAAGACGGAUCCGCGUAUCUCGGCAAUGACGGAGCUGGUCGAUGCCUAUCAACGUGACGACGUGCACACGUACGAAAAGGUCCUGCAGGGGAACCAAGACAUUCUCGACGACCCCUUCAUAGCCGAGAACAUUGAUGAAGUCACCCGAAACAUGCGGACCAAGGGCGUUGUUAAGCUGAUUGCGCCCUACACGCGGAUGAAACUGUCGUGGAUCGCGAAGCAGCUCAGGAUUUCCGAGCCUGAGGUCCAGGACAUCCUGGGCUUCUUGAUUGUCGACCGCAAAAUCAACGGGACGUUGAACCAAAAAGAAGGGCUGCUGGAGAUUGCCUCGAACGCUGACAUGGAGCGCAUUGCCGCCAUGGGAAGUCUCACCAAGUCAAUAUCGAACCUCUUCGGUGCCAUAUUCAAAGACGGCGAGGGAUUUCGGACUAUCGAAAACACCACGAUGGACGACAACUCGCUGGAGAGCGUGCAAGGCGUCGCUCUGAGGAAGGCGUCGCGACUUCGCGAGUCCCAGCAGCAACAACGAGCGAGAAAGGACAAGGGCACGGGUCUCGCGUGGGUCUAG